CAGCUGAGUUUGACGUAAGACGCAAGCAAAGGAAUACGUAUAUUUAUACUUUUAUUUAUAAGAAUUUUAAGCAGUGACCGGCCAUUAUUAUUGUAUUUUCCUUAUUGUGAAUACUUAGAUCAUCACCAUGUCAAAAAUAUUUACCCCUACGAAUCAAAUACGCUUAACUAAUGUUGCAAUCGUUAGAUUAAAGAAAGGAGGUAAAAGAUUUGAAAUUGCAUGUUACAGGAAUAAAGUCAUAUCAUGGCGAAAUAAAGUGGAAAAGGAUAUAGAUGAAGUGCUGCAAACACACACUGUGUUUACAAAUGUCUCUAAAGGACAAGUUGCAAAAAAGGAGGAUUUAGUCAAAAUAUUUGGCAAAGACGACCAAACAGAGAUAUGUAAGGAGAUCUUGGAGAAAGGGGAGUUGCAGGUGUCAGAUAAAGAAAGGCAUUCUCAGAUAGACUCUUUGUUCAAAGAUAUUGCUACAACAGUAGCAGACAAAUGUGUCAAUCCUGAAACAAAAAGGCCAUAUCCAGUUUCUAUUAUAGAAAAAGCUAUGAAAGACAUACAUUUCUCAGUUAAUGUAAAUAAAAGUGCAAAGCAACAGUCACUUGAUGUAAUACAGCUAUUGAAAAAGGAGAUUCCACUAGAGAGAGCUCAGAUGAGAGUAAGAAUGUUACUGACUGGAAAGGAUGCCAGGAAGACCAAAGACAAAGUUGUAAAACUAGCUAUGAGUGUUGAAGAAGAAAACUGGGAUUCUGGAACUGCCAAUAUUAUUUGUUUAAUUGACCCCGGUAAUUUCAGAGUACUGGACGAAUUGAUAAGGACUGAAACAAAAGGCACUGGACAAUUUGAAUUGCUUAAUUUAAAAGAAAUGGUAGAAGGAGAACAAGCUUUGUAAUAAUUAUUCUUUACUAUAAUAAUAUAGAUAUUACGUUUUGUUAUUUUAAUAAAUAACUGCAGAAAUCCCCAUUUUUA